CGGAUUGUGACCACUCAGCGAAUACAAGUAGUUAUAUCUUUUUUGUCAGGAGAACUGUUUAUUAUAACUUUAAGAUCAACGAUCUUUGUUUGUACAAAUACGAUGACCUCUUUGUACUAUCCAAACAAAUCUCCCUCUACUUUCAAUUCAUAUCAGUAGUAGAUCUGCUGUUAUCAUUGUGCAGUCAAAAUCUCAGUUACUCUUGUUCUUGGUCUAUUUUAAAUUAAUUACAAUGAAUUACUCUGAAUUAAUGGAUAAAGUAGAAGGAUUUGAUGAAAAUGAACUGAAUAAUUUUGUUUCUAAAGUUAAAGAUUGGGCACUUAUGCAUGGUAUCGGUAUGAGGUCAAAAAAUAAUUUUGAUGAAAAUUCCUUAGUCGUCGCACCAUUCACCCUAUUUCCUUCUCCUAUAGCAAAAGAUUGCUUUAACAGAGCAAUUAGAGCUCAAACUUUACUAAACAAGCUGUUACAUCGACUUGCUUAUGAUCCACAGUUUCUGGAUUAUGCCUUAGCUAGUGUUUUAGAACAUGACGAAUUCACAAGGAAGCUGUAUGAAAUUUACACUGAAAUAAGAAAAACUGAGCCAGCCCAGAGGAUAUCAUGCGGUCUUUUCCGUUGCGACUACUUUCUGCAUUCUGACGGCUCCUUAAAACAAGUUGAAAUGAAUACUAUUUCUUCAAGUAUGUCUGGACUAAUUCAUAGCCUCGGAUAUGCCCACAGAUAUGUUAUUAAACAAUUGGGAAUGGAUCAACAUCUUAAUCAUAUACCUGUAAAUUUAGCCCUUUCACAAUUAUGUCAAGGCCUUAUAGAAGCUUGGAAACUUUACAGUGUCAAACGUGCCGUUAUAAUGUUUGUUGUGGAGGAUGUUACCUAUAACAUAUGUGACCAGAGGUUUAUGGAGUUCGAAACGCAAAACUUAAAUAGUGAUGUGAGAAUAAUACGAAGAAGUUUCAAUCAAUUACUAGAACAAGCAAAGCUUGGUGAAAAUAUGGAACUUCUAGUAGGCAAAGAUGAAGUAGCGGUAAUUUACUACCGAUGGGGUUACGAUCCUAGCCAUCACACAGAUGAAACAUGGUCUUUAAGGUUGAUGAUGGAGAAAUCAAAGGCGAUCAAAUGCCCCAGUAUACAGUAUCAUUUAGUGGGAGCCAAAAAGGUUCAGCAGGUGUUAUGUUUUCCUGGAAUUCUAGAGAAAUAUAUUUCAAACAAAGAGGAAGUCGAAAUGAUCCGUGAUUUGUUUGUCGAUAUUUAUCCACUUGAUGAGAGCCCAGAAGGAGAAGAGGGUUAUAAAUUAGCCAUGACACAAUUCAAUCGCUUCGUUCUGAAACCGCAGAGGGAAGGAGGUGGAAACAAUAUCUAUGGAGACGACAUUCCUAAACAUUUACGCAGUAUUUCUCGUAAGGAUGCUGCAGCUUUCAUUCUGAUGGGUCUGAUAGAGCCUGUACCCUGCAAGAAUAUUUUGGUCAAACAGGACUAUGUCGGCAAAGGUGAUGUAGUCUCUGAGCUGGGAAUAUAUGGUAUCAUUGUUGGGAAUGAGAAUGAAAUUUUUGUGAAUGAAGAAGCUGGUCAUAUGCUGCGUUCAAAGCUGGUGAGUUCACGAGAAGGAGGAGUCGCUGCAGGUGAUGGAUUACUCGACAGUCCUUAUAUUGUAUAAUAGGAAAUUUGCUGGUGGGAAAUUUUUGGUGCACAUAAAUAAUAUUUUGUAACAAUCAUUUAAUCUAUUGUUGUUUUUCAUUACUGAACUAGUUUAGAGAGAAGAUAUCUUAAUGCAGAAGUUACCAUAUGAUGAAUAUUUUUUAAUGAUUGUUAUUCCUAGAUAAAAAAAAAAAUGUAUUACCAAUAUUAAUACUCAGCAAUAAGUGCACAGUUAUGACUAAUUUAAACAACUGAUACCUAUUACAGAGGAACAAAGAAACUACUGUGACCAGCGAAAUAGAAUUGUAAUUUAAGAGCUACAAAUUGUUAUGGGAUCUCCAGAAAUCAUUACUAUCCAAUGUUGAACCAAAUCUUGUUUAUUUCUUCUAAAUUUAAGUUAUGGGAUUAAAAUAUUUGGCAAUGGCCUAAAUCAUAGAUGGAGAACCGUUUUAUCAUUAUAGACUACAUUAAGGUCAGGCAGUGAAAAUGGAGGCCGCAAUAAUGUUUUUAUAUUUUGCUGUUGCUAUUUUUAUUUAUAAGUAAAUAGACACACUCAUUUGCAUACAUAUAUUGAACUUAAUUCUAAUUAUUUUCAAAUUUUGUAACAUAAAUAAUUAAAUUUUAAUUAAUUCUAAUGCGAUAUUAAUAAAGACCAAGCAAAAAAUAUCAGUUUCAUUCAGCCUCAGGGCCGGCCCCUGGUUCCCCACAUUUGGUCUAAAUUGUUUAUUUACAAAUAGAAUUUUUUCCAACUGAGAAAUUGAGAACUGCAGUAGCUGAUUAUAUUGAACCCACAGAAUAAAUAUUGACCAUCUCCCUCAGGCUAUGGUUGAUAACCCAC